AUGACUGAUGAAGAGCUGAUGAACUCGAUGGAACCAUUCUCGGAAUACGUCCAAGACUUUCAAACCGUGCCAGCCAAGUUGAAGAAGGCACCUACAACCAAAGGAAAGUCGAAGAAGAAGGGCCAAAACCGACGAGGAUGGGGGGCAUGGGCCACCAGACGCUGGCAACAAGAAGGCUACGGGCGACAGUCGAAACAGCGCAAUGUCCCAGGGCGAAACCGAAAGGGACGCCGAGUGGUUUUCGAUGAAAAGGUGAAGUGCAUCGUCCACCACAAGCCGUCUGCCGAGCGAAAGCUGACAACCAGAAACUGCAAUACAAUUUACCGCAAGGUCGAGUACCAUCGUGGUAUCGUCGAAUGUGCAGUGAAAGCCAAUGGAGGAGAGCUUCUUAACUGCUUCCCUGGCCUGAAACAAGCGGAAUGGCGCAAGAUCCGCGAUGAAGUCGCUGCGGCGCGUGUCGACUUCAUGUUGUACAACUUGAUGGCCCUUCUCUGGAGAGUUCCACUCUUCUUGAUUGGAUGCAGCCAGUGGUCAUCAAACGCAGAUGCAGCCAGUGGUCAUCAAAAGCAGAUGCAGCCAGUGGUCAUCAAAAGCAGGCCUCCACUUGGAGCUGAACUACUGACACCUUUCUCUCUUUGCAUCCUCACCCAUUCUUCAAUCUAUUGCUUGCAGGCCUCCACUUGGAGUGACAAUUUGCUAACCACUUGUCUCUUCCUACCACAGCCUCACCCAUUCUUCAAUCUAUUGCUUGCAGGCCACCACUUGGUGACGGCACAACACAACCAACACAAGUCCUGGCCAGGCACCCAAGGCUUCCACUUGGAAAUGACACAACACACAAGUCCUGGCCAGGCACAAGGCUUCCACUUGGAAAUGACACAACACACACAAGUCCUGGCCAGGCACAAGGAUUCCACUUGGAAAUGA